AUGGCGCAAAACGGGGAGGUAGGCGUAAAGGUAGCAGAUGGCGGGGCUGAGGACCAGGAGGUCGACUUCAAGAAAGUCAGCCAGGUGGAGGCUUUCGAGAUCCUCAAGUGCACCCCCCACGGCAUCACCUCCGCGGAGGUGCAGGAGCGCCUGAAGACUUAUGGAUACAAUAAGCUCCCGGAGGAGACCAGGAACCCCAUUCUGGUCUACCUGUCCUACAUGUGGAACCCCCUGUCCUGGGCCAUGGAGGCAGCGGCCAUCAUCGCUAUCGCCCUGCUGGACUAUGCCGAUUUCGCGCUGAUCGUCGCGCUCCUGCUGGUCAACUCCACCAUCUCCUACGUGGAGGAGGCCAACGCCGACAAGGCCAUCAAGGCCCUCGCCAGUGCCCUGGCGCCGCGCGCCAAGGCGUUGCGCGACGGCGAAAUGAAGACCGUGGACGCCUCCGAGCUCGUCCCCGGCGACGUCAUCAUCGUCCGCCUGGGCGACAUCGUGCCGGCCGACAUCAAGAUCCUGUUCGAGGGCGAGGUCGCCCCCGUGCAUGCCAACGACGAGACUCCCCUCCAGGUGGACCAAGCCGCGCUGACCGGCGAGUCUCUGCCCGUGAAGAAGUUCUCUGGCGACGUCGCUUUUGCCGGAUCCACCAUCAAGCAGGGCGAGCGUCACUGCCUGGUGCGCUGCAGCGGCCUGCUUGGGGGCUGUGGUUGCGUGUUUGUUUUGGUUCCUGUGUGGUAG